UAUCACUGCUCUUGCUAAGGACUUAGACAACACUAUCCCAUACACAACAUUUUGUAGUACUCGUUGACUUUUUCUACACCUGACUUUUAUUUUGGGAGUGGGGGAUUAUUAGGUGGAAAGUAAGAGUGGAAGACCUCAUGUUUGCCUUUUUUGACGUUGCAAAGUUUUGGAAUAAGAAUUAUGGUGCAUGACUUUGUAGCCUGCAUGGCCAUGGGAUUCUGACUGUCCCGGGUGCAGAGUGUUGAAUGAGGGGUCUGGCUGGGAAGUGAGUGCAGGGGUGACCGGCGGACCGAAGGACGGGUGGGCUUUGUGCUCGCCUGCUGUGACAGGGUCUGCAGCUCUUGACCAGCAGCCCUCAUGCCACUCAUCAACAACAAAGUGGGUGACGAUGGCACUACCAGCUCACCAAAGACUCUGGAAGAGGGGAAGGCUCUUAUCAACUCACUCAUAAAGGUGGUGGCAUGUUACCACCACCUCGCCUCGUGUGUGGGUGGGUGCACGGACAGCUUGCACCUGCGCGAUGAGCUGCGGCUAACACGGGAGAAGGCCCAGAAGUUAGCGGUGGCCAGCCGUCACCACCUCACGGCACGGCUACGAGAUAAGACACUUCCCCAGGAGGAGAGACAGGAGAUGGAACUGCUCUGGGUGGCCUUUACCUCCAGCCUGGAACUCCUCCAUGCAGACAUGUGCAAAGUCUUCAACAUGGGUUCCAACUUCUCCCUGGUCAAUAACAACACCUUAGUGCAGACUGGCAUACAAGGGGAAACCAGCGAGGUGGCAGCACGGGCCCUCAGCCUGGCAGACCUGACCCGCGCCGAGGACCAGGUUCCCGCCAACCUAGAGGAUCUGGAGCAGAGCCAGCUGGAGGAGGAGAUUGCCCAUGUGGACAUCAUGCUGGAGGACAUGGAGGAGAAGGUCAACGUCCUGCGCUGGAUGGUGGAGGCCCGCGGGCCCCAGUACGCCGACCCGGCCAGCACGGACAGCGCCUCAUUGGGCCUCUUCUCCACGGACGAGGAGGCAGGUCCCCAAAGCCAGCAGUGUUGCGAGCGCAGCCAGGUUUUCAUGGUGCUGGUGCUGUGUGGUGUGGCAGUGGUGAUGGUCGUGCUGUCCGUCUGCGUGGUCUAUCUCUCAUGAGGAGGCUUGUCACCAGUGGAUUUCACCCAGGUUUCGUUGAGCCGCUAAAAGCAGUAGGACCUUAUGUUGCCAUAAAUUCCAUCCUCAUGUCAAUUGAUAUCAGAACAAAUGGUUGUUGGAAGAAACUGGUGUUGUUGAAAUGUCAGGGUACUUUACGUAUUUCUUUAUUUGAAUAAGAGCCACAUUUAGAAUGAAUACACUCCAGGUUACGUAGUUUGAUGCUCCCAUUUCUGUUAGAAAGUCAAUAUCAAACACAUUCAAAAAGAGUUAGAUGCCCUGUGCAAUAUAGUUUAGCUAAUGUUAUAUAUGUAUUUUAGUGGAAUGAAAUCGAACAAUUUAUGCUCUUUACUAAUGUAUGCUGACUACUGUAUGUGAUAGUAAGGUUAAUUCAUUUUUAUUGAAAUGCAUUGGACAUAAUCUGUUUAUACAACUUGACAGUGGUUGACAAAGCACACCCACCACAUUUAGGUUCAUCUUGUAAUUGACGCUGAAGGUGUUUGUGCUGCCAGAUUACAAUGAAGAUCUUUGCAUGUGAAUGCAAUGUGUGCGAGCAUAUCAGUUUGCUGACCUCUUGUGAAUAUUACAUUCUAAUGAAGAAUUUCAUGUGAAUAUUCUCAAUAUUGUGGCAUCCAUGUCACUUCAACCAAAGGUAAGCUUACUGCAUCACUGACAUUGUGUCCAGGCUUUGGCAAUACAGUAAUUAUUGCAGGAAUAUGUAUUCUAUCACUUGUGUAGUUUUCUGUUUAUAUUCUGUCUUCAGAGUCCUCCCUAACCCAAAUACCAGAAACCUGACCCGGGUCUGGAACGGGUUCCACAUUAAAUCAAAUGGAAGAAGUGUUUCUGUGUCCCCAGCUUCAGAUUCAGGCUAGCAGUCAUGCCAGCAAUGCAAGCAAACAUGGAGACUUUUCUACUCAAGGCAUAUGAAAAUUACAAACAUUGUAAGUGACAUACAGUAGCUGAGAAUGUGUUGCCUAAACACAGUGGACGUCUGUGCACAAUUUCAUAUAUUACCAAGGAUACACAGGGCCGGACUACCACAUUUGGGGCCCCAGGGCACUGACUAGAUUUUUAGUGUUGAAAAUGUUUUCAGUUUUAUAGCUAAUGCUAUUGUAGACAUUUUGUCAUGAGGCUAAGAGAAAAUGUUGCUGUUUUAAAGCUAAUUUCCUGCUAUUCUACACAUUUUGCCAAGAGACUGAGAGGGCAUUUUGCAGUUUAUAAGCUAAUUUCCUGCAAUUCUACACAUUUUGCUAUCAUAUGCUAUCUGGGGGGCCCUGAUCUCCAGGGUGUCCCCAACCUCCAAAAAUAAAAGAUAAUGGGUUGGUGGCCCCCUGGAGGUCAGGGGCCCCGGGGGACGCGCCCUGCGUGCCUGUUCGGUAAUCUGGCCCUGAGGAUACAGGUCAAGGCAUUAACUAAUGUCUCUUAAUUCCAUAUUCCAAAAGUAAAACCAAAGGUUUGUGUAGCUGCUGUAUUAUAUGAUAAUAUGCUAAAUCUGUCAACACCCAAGCUGUGGUGUAAAAACUGUGAAUACCAUAUUAUAUUUCAUUAACAGAGCAUUACAACUUUUGAUUAACUGCAAAGUUUCAGAUAAUUCCUUACAAUACAAUUAACUUUGCCAGCUUGUAUCAUACCAAAGGAUUUAUCAAAUGGAUUUAUUCAAAUAUGGUAUGGAAGUAGUAUUCUAAUAGCUGAUGUAAUAAAUAAUACGUCAGUGUUUAUUCAUACCCAUCAACUGUUAUUAGUAUUAGGGAUGAAUAAUUCAUACAUUUUCUGUGGCAAUUAUAGCUCAACAUUACUUUCCUAUCAGUUUCCUCAGUCUUUGGUUGAUCACACGUGCAUUGUGCACUGACUAGACUACUGACCCUUUAGGGAAAUUAGACAUUAAAGAGAUGCAGCAUACUGUAAAUACUGUGUACAACAACAUGGUCAAAUCUACUCAAAGACCAC